UGCAGCGCGGACUGAGUCACGCGAGGAGUAAGUGGUUGCCAGGCAACUCUGUGUUGUAGCUGUAGCUGUAGUCCGCGAGCCCGGCGCUGUGGUCAGGAGUGAGUCCAGCAUGUCAGGCACGACCCUCAGAGGAAAUGGCUCUCUUAUCACACACAACAACGCCACCUACAUUCCAGCGUCUCUGAUGCCUGGGUACCGUGGGCAUGUGCCAACCGCCAAGUUCCAGUAUGGGGUCACCUUUGGAAAUGCAACCAUCAAGUAUUUUCUUGACACGCGGGGUGCAGCCAUGACCCGAAGUGCAAGUCAGUACAGCACAGGUGGCAUGUUCCCUUCCAUCUCCAGUGCUGGAGGUCCAUGGAGCAGAGAUCGGGCCCUUUACAGCCCCUACUGGACACGAUACAAUGUAGAUUUCGAGCGCCAGCGAGAGAUCAAACACUUUGAUGAGCUGGCACAGAAACACAGAGGGAAGUACAAAGACAAGACUGGCACACAGCAGCCUGUCAGUUACUUCAUCAUUCCGGUGAAAGCGAGUGAGAAGUUCUCCCGGGAAGCCAUGUAAGAAUCAGAUAGAGUUGUCCAUGCAGUCAGUAGCCUUAGCACUACUUAGAUACACUGAUAGACAGCUAGAUAAAAACUUUAUUAAUCCCAAAGGAAAUUGCAGGGUUACAACAGCAACAUCCAGGACUGUGAUGCUUAUUAACUUUAUAUUCUGUGAGAGAGAUGUGUGUUAGUGUGCUCUCAGCCUGAACAACAGGAUUCUUCUUUUAAACUCUCUGUUGUACUCCAGUCUUCCAUUUUCAGUUCCUCCCAUUGACUGAUUGUUUUAGAAUAUUAUGAUACCAAAUAUUAUCAUUGACUUUCUAAUACUAGUAUGAACUAUGUAUUGCUAGGAAUCUGUUCAAAUAGAUUUCAUAUGCUUAUUAAAUAUGUUACAUACAGUAUGUA